UCCUGCAUCCCCGCGGUCCUGGAGGCGGUGCCGGAGCCCCGACGGCAGGGACCACAAACCCAGGAGCCCCGGCGCCCCAUCGCCGGAGAAGCCCGGGCGCUGUCGCGGCGAGACCGGGGCGACGUGCUUUUUCUCCCCUCCAGGGCUGCCACUUCCCUCUCUCUAAAUGCCAGCUGUGGCGUUUGGAAAGCCGCCAGAUUUGAUCUUAAAAAUACGCCCCUGCAAGGCGUUGCUGGCAGGCUCCAGCCCAGCCGCUCCGGAGAGUUGGCCUUGGCUGCGAGUGGUCCUCGUUUUGUGCCUGAAGAGGGUCAGGGCAGAGCAUCCUCGGGAAGAGAUGCCUCUUACAAGUGAUCCACAGCGGCAGUAGGCACAGUUUGGUUUGGCUUUAUUUAUGCUGAGUGGCUUUUCAUCGAAAUGCUAUUUUGGUUAAAAGAAGAAAUGGCCCCCCAGGAGCUCACCCGGCGACUGGCCACAGUGAUCACUCAUGUCGAUGAAAUUAUGCAGCAGGAAGUCAGGCCUUUGGUGGCAGUGGAUAUAAUAGAACAACUUCACAGACAAUUUGCCAUUCUUUCAGGAGGUCGCAGUGAGGACGGCGCCCCCAUCAUCACUUUUCCAGAGUUUGCAGGAUUCAAACACAUCCCAGAGGAGGACUUUCUGAAUGUCAUGACCUAUCUGACCAGCAUCCCCAGUGUGGAGGCUGCCAGCAUCGGAUUCAUCAUUGUUAUUGACAGACGAAGGGACAAGUGGAGCUCCGUAAAGGCAUCCUUGACACGAAUCGCUGUGGCAUUUCCAGGAAACUUACAGCUCAUCUUCAUUCUUCGUCCAUCUCACUUUAUCCAGAGGACAUUCACUGACAUUGGCAUUAAAUACUAUCGAGAGGAAUUUAAAAUGAAAGUACCGAUCAUCAUGCUAAACUCUGUCUCUGACCUCCAUGGCUACAUUGACAAAAGCCAACUGACGCGGGAGUUAGGGGGGACUUUGGAAUAUCGCCAUGGUCAGUGGAUAAAUCAUCGCACUGCCAUUGAAAACUUUGCCUUGACCUUGAAGGCCACUGCCCAGAUGCUGCAGACAUUUGGGGCCUCCCUGGCUACGACAAAGCUGCCCAGAGGUGUGCCAUCCACAGAAGACCUUCUCAUGUCUCAAACAAGGCAGCAGGACAAACUGCAGGAUGAGCUGCAAUUGCUUGGAAAGCAGGGGGCCACACUGCUGUCAUGUAUCCAAGAACCAGGAACCCAAAAUCCCACCAACAAACUCAAUCCCAAUGAACUUGAGAAUGUAGCUACCAUGAAAAGGUUAUUAGUUCAAUUGGAUGAAACAGAAAAAGCCUUUAGUCACUUUUGGUCUGAGCAUCACCUGAAGCUUAACCAAUGCCUGCAGCUACAGCACUUUGAGUACAAUUUUUGUAAGGUUAAACUUGCCCUGGAUAAUUUGUUGGAAGAGCAAGCAGAGUUUACAAGCAUUGGAGAUAGUGUGUUGCAUGUGGAACAACUUCUUAAGGAACACAAAAAAAUGGAGGAAAAAGGCCAGGAAACCCUGGAAAAGGCCCAGCUGCUGGCACUAGUUGGGGACCAGCUCAUUCAGAGCCACCAUUGUGCCAUGGAUGCCAUCAGGCCCCAGUGUGUGGAGCUCAGGCACCUCUGUGAUGAUUUCAUCAAUGAAAACAAGAAACAAUGCGACAUUUUAGGAAAGUCCUUGGAGUUGCACAGACAGCUGGACAAGGUCAGCCAGUGGUGUGAGGCGGGCAUCUACCUCUUGGCUUCUCAAGCUGUAGACAAGUGCCAGUCUCGAGAAGGGGUUGACCUCGCCUUGAAUGACAUCGAGACAUUUCUGGGCACAGCCAAGGAGUGCCAGCUGCUCAGCCCCAAGGAGUUUUACAACCAGUUUGAGUUGAUACUCACCCUUGAUGUAAAGGCCAAAGUCCAGAAAGUCUUGCAGAAGCUGAAUGAUGUGCAGGAAAUAUUUCACAAGAGGCAAGUCAGUCUGAUGAAAUUGGCAGCCAAACAGACUCGGCCAGUACAACCUGUGGCCCCCCAUCCUGAGUCUUCCCCAAAAUGGGUAUCUUCAAAAACCAGCCAGCCAAUCACCUCUGCUCCUCCUCUAAGAACAUCCGGGGAAACUUACACCGAGACAGUUUUGAACUCUUUGGAAAAGGAAGAUGAUGAGACUAAAUCUGAAGCCAAGAAUGAAGAAAUCCUUGAAAGCAGUCGUGAAGGGGAAAACCCUCGGCUGGAGCAGCUGACCAGUCUCGGAGACCUCUCCCCCAGCAGGCGCAUUAUACGUGACCUGCUUGAAACUGAAGAGAUGUAUAUCAAAGAAAUUAAAAGCAUUAUUGAUGGUUAUAUCACGCCAAUGGAUUUUAUUUGGCUGAAGCAUCUAAUUCCAGACAUUCUUCAGAAUAACAAGGACUUUCUCUUUGGGAAUAUUGAGGAACUUUAUGAAUUUCACAACAGGACUUUUCUAAAAGAAUUGGAAAAGUGUGCUGAAAAGCCUGAACUUCUGGCACAUUGCUUCCUCAAGAGAAAAGAAGAUCUUCAAAUUUAUUUUAAAUACCAUAAGAACCUGCCCCGAGCUAGGGCAAUCUGGCAAGAGUGUCAAGACUGCGCCUACUUUGGGGUGUGCCAGCGCCAAUUGGAUCACAGUCUCCCUCUUUUUAAGUAUCUUAGAGAACCAAGCCAGAGACUUUUAAAAUACCAGAGGCUGUUGAAGGGUCUGCUGGAUUUUGAGACUCCUGAAGAUUUGGAAAUAGACCCAGGUGAACCAGAAGAAGGAGGCUUGGUGAAGGGUGGGCCAAAGAAAACCAAGGAGUCAUCACUCUCAGCCAAACUACAGCAAGCUUUGGUGGUGAUAGAGGAUUUGAUCAAGUCCUGUGAGUUGGCGGUGGACCUAGCAGCAGUCAAUGGAUGUCCGGACAAUGUGGAGAAACUGGGCAAGCUGUUGAUACACGGUCCUUUCAAUGUCUGGACGAUUCACAAGGAUCGGUAUAAAAUGAAGGACUUUAUUCGAUUCAAGCCCAGCCAGAGACAAAUCUAUCUAUUUGAAAGGGGAAUCGUGUUCUGUAAGAUACGGAUGGAGCCCGGGGACCAGGGGCUUUCUCCUCGUUACAGCUUUAAGAAGUCUAUGAAGUUGACGACCCUUUCAAUUCGCCAACUUGGAAGGGGAAGCAGUAAAAAGUUUGAAAUUGCCACCAAAAAUGGACUUGAAAAGUACAUCCUGCAGGCAGCUUCAAAAGAAAUCAGAGAUUGUUGGUUUUCAGAAAUAAGUAAAUUACUGAAGGAAGACCAAAACAACAUUAAAGGUCAAGAGAAUCUUCAGCUUGAAGCAAGCACUAGCAAAGGCGGUGGAGAGGAAUGUGUAACCUGGACUGAAGACACAGAAAGAGCAGUCACUAGCAAGGAAGACCCAGUCUCCAGUGCACGUGGGCUUACAGGCUGCUUCAGCAGGGAGUUUGUCUCCAGGGAACCCCGUGAAGACGGCGAAGGUGCAGAAGGCAUGCAAAGGGACGGCAGCGCUCUGAGUCUCGCGGGCCUCUUCCAGUCGGACGACAGCUACGGAACCCGCUCCUCCGCGUGGGUUUUCCUGGAGAGCGGAGCUAGCACCCCGGGAGGGAAGGAAGAGCGCGACGCCGAGGAGGAAACGUGA